CUACUUGAAAAGGAAAGUGAGCUCCUCGUGAAACAUGACUACAGUCAAAAUGAUUCGAUGAUCCACUCAAAAUCUCAUCAAAAUCCAGAGAAUUUCUUCACAGGAUUGAUUCCGGAGCGGUUCGAUGGUCAGAAAUCCCAUUUCGGGUUGCUCCGACCCGAAUACCCGCCUCCCGUUCCUCUUCUCCACUCUGUACUGCGUUGUCCUCAUUCUCCUCAUCCGAGGUUGUCUCUCGAACGGACAAGUACGAGGUGGCCGCGCCGUCACUCUAUCCAGCUUCACCUACGCGAAAACCGCGCUCGGGCCUUAUGAUUGGCGCUAUAUUAGAGUUGAUUUGCCCCCGUGGUUCUCUUCAGUUGACAUAUCUAUAGAAACAGAUGUAGAUAUUGACCUCGGGAGGAUUAGAAAGUCGCCUGAAAGUUCAUUGCCAAUUAUAUGCUUCCGAGAAGGAAGCCCUCCGCUACCUGAUGUCUACAACAUCUCUGAUUCUGGACUAGUAUUAGAGUAUGCCUCAAAUCGGUCAUUUGUACAAGAUCUCCAGCUUGUUGAAAAGUGCUAUCCGAUGCAGAAGACUAUAAAUUUGAGAUUAACAAAUGAGCAGAUACCUUCAGGUGAAUGGUUUAUUGGACUCUUUAAUGGUGCUGGACCUAUGCGAACGCAGUCAAAAAUGGUUAAUAGAGGUUCAGCAUAUUCUUUCCGUGGGAACAUCACUGUGGAAGGCUGCACAACUUCAGCGGUGUCUGGCCAAUUCUGCAACCAGUCUGUCACUCCACUUAUGUGCACGGAUGGUUAUACCCUUCCUGAAACUGGUUUGAAAACAAAUUUGGGAGGAAAUGUGAUUUCUUGCCAAGGCGCUGAUGAAGUGAGCUGUCGUGGGUAUGGGGAGUCUGAUGUGUACUACUUUGAUGUCUUUGGUAUCACAGAAAGGGUAAUUCUCACGGCAUCAAAUGUUAGGCUCAAACAGUCUCAUUUUUCAAAUGUGACUGAAAAAGACAACCGUAUCCCUCUGAUGGUUUAUCUUCGGUUUAGGGCAAUGCCGCUAACGACUGUGCAUGAUUACUCCGGUGACAUAACUGAUGCUCCUUUGGUAAUUCUCUCACCCAAGAUUGGUCGGUGGUAUGUUACUGUUCAACCAAUGAACAUGUCAGAAACAGUGAACGCAAGCAUUUGUUAUUCUUUGAGAACCGAAAUACUCCAAUGUCCAGUGAAUAAGGCUGGAUUGAACUGUACCUGGGAAAGGUACAUGCUUCAGACUGUUUUGAGAAAAAACCCAUCCGUUCCAUUCGAAUCACAUUAUCUACCAAUCAGUGAAAAGAUAUCAUCGGAUUCUGAAAAUUUCCCUUUGGAACCUCUAUUGACCAACACCUCCACUGUGGGGAAAAAUGAGUCAGUUUGGACCUUUUUCCUAGUGGACAUACCCUUUGGUGCUGCCGGUGGGAAUAUUCACAUUUCUCUCACAUCAGACUCAAAUAUUGGAUAUGAAUUAUAUGCAAAGUAUGGUGGGUUGCCUUCUCUUGAUAGCUGGGAUUACUUCUAUAGAAACAACACAAGUAACAGCAAUGGCUCCAUGUUUUUCAAAAUCUAUGAUGCAAGUGAUAAGAGAGUUGCUUUUUACAUCUUAUAUGUGAAAGGAGGAACAUGGAGUUUUGGGUUGAGACAUCCAAAUAUGAAUAACCUCAAGUUGAUUGAUCAGACCAUCAUGUCAAUCUCACUGGAGAGAUGCCCCAAGAAAUGCGCUUCUCAUGGAACAUGCCAAUCUCUUAUGGAUGUUAGCGGGCUAACACUAUACAGUUACUGUUCUUGUGACCGCAAUCAUGGAGGCUUUGAUUGUAGCAUUGAACUUGUUUCACAAGUAGGGCAUGUUUGGCAAUCAGUUUCUCUUAUUGCAUCAAAUGCUGCAGCUUUGCUACCCGUGUAUUGGUCUCUUCGUCACAAGGCAUUUGCAGAAUGGGUUCUUUUCACAUCAAGUGGAAUAUCAAGUGGUUUGUAUCACGCAUGUGAUGUGGGCACAUGGUGUGCAUUAACUUUCCAUGUCCUACAGUUCAUGGAUUUCUGGCUUUCUUUCAUGGCUGUUGUCAGCACUUUUGUAUACUUGGCUACUAUUAGCGAAAUCUCAAAGAGGACAAUACACACUAUUGUUGCAAUACUUACCGCCCUUAUGGCUGAAACCGGACCAACCAGGUCCUCAAACAUAAUAAUUGUGGUGGCCAUAGGGGCUGCAGUCCUGUUAAUCGGGUUCCUUAUUGAGCUUUCUACCCGUCGCAGGAUGCUUUCCUUAUCUUCUUCAACACAAGUCUGUUUGAAUAUGAUUUACAGGUGGGAGGGCAUAAAAACAUGGAUUCGGAAUCUCAUCAAGACAAUCUUAAAGCGAUUCUAUUGGGUCUUUUUACUUCUUGGCUUCAUUGCAUUGGCAAUGGCUGCCAUAAGCUGGAAGCUGGAAACCAGUGAAAGCUAUUGGAUUUGGCACAGCUUGUGGCAUGUCUCCAUAUACACAGCUUCUUUCUUUUUCCUCUGUUCCAAAGCAGAUGUUUCGGCUCCAAAUUGCGAGAACGAACCCCGUGGUGAUGGCAACUAUGAGCUAGCUCGCCAAAAUUCGUUCACGUCCGCGGAGCAGCAAAGAGAUGGCAGAUAGGGCAAUGGUUCUGUGUGCCAAGAGAAGGGGUAUUGCUGUAAAUUGUUGUAACCACCAUUCCUUUGCAAAUCUCUCUUGAAUAUAUGAUACACAUACAAUAAAAACAGGUUUAGCAAUGAAUACAUACAUGGAAA